CCCUUUGCUACUGAGCAAGUUGCCAAGGCGAGACAGGAACUUCAUUCCUCUCUGUGUCAGGAUCCCAGAAAUUAUGCCCUUUCUCUCAUCAUGAACUGGCUCUCGAGUUCCUCGGGAGUUGUGCUAACUGCUUACCACCCCAGCGGCAAGGACCAGGUCGUCGGGGAGAGCCAUGGGAAGGGAGGAGACGAAGCCACCUCCAGUCGCAGAUAUGGCCAGUACACCAUGAACCAAGAAAGCUCCACCAAAGUUAAAGAGAGGCUUCCGUUUGAUCGAUCGGGUUCCCAGGACUCUUUGGAUGAAGUGUUGUCAAUGGAGGACUACUGGACGGAACUAGAAAAUAUCAAGAAGUCUCAUGAAAAUCGCCAGGAAGGUCAAGAGGCCGUUGUUGUCAAAGAACCUGAUGAGGGAGAACUGGAAGAAGAAUGGCUCAAGGAGGCUGGGUUGUCCAAUCUCUUUGGAGAGUCCGCCGAUGACCCCCAGGAUAGCAUCGCGUUUUUAUCCACGCUCACCCGGACUCAGGCAGCAGCUGUUCAGAAACGGGUAGAAACGGUCUCCCAGACCCUGAGGAAGAAAAACAAACAGCACCACAUUCCUGACGUCAGAGACAUAUUUGCUCAACAGAGAGAAGCACGAGAAAAAUCUCCAGAUGGCUCAGAAUCGCAGUCAAUCGGAACAAACGAAAACAAAAGCCAAGGAAAAGAGGACCAAACAUCUGGUGGGGCUGUUGAGAACAAGGAGCUGAUCCCACGGGUACCAGAGGAUACACCUGCCUCUGAAACAGACAUCAACUUGGAGGUGUCAUUUGCGGAGCAAGCUGUCAAUCAGAAAGAACUCAGCAAGGAGAAGAUGCCCAAGAUCCGAGGCAAUGAUGCCUCAUUACCUAGUUUCAGACUGCCAAAAGAUAAAACUGGUACUACAAAGAUUGGGGAUUUGGCCCCCCAAGACAUGAGGAAAGUUUGCCAUCUAGCCCUGAUUGAACUCACUGCCCUGUAUGAUGUAUUGGGUGUGGAACUCAAACAACAGAAAGCUGUGAAAAUCAAAACAAAAGACGCUGGUCUUUUUGGUGUUCCAUUAACCAUGUUAUUAGAACAAGAUCAAAGGAAAGUGCCAGGAACUCGAAUACCCUUGAUCUUUCAAAAUCUGAUUUCUCGAAUUGAAGAAGGCGGUCUGGAAACUGAGGGCCUCCUACGCAUACCGGGAGCUGCCAUGAGAAUCAAGAAUCUUUGCCAAGAACUAGAAACAAAGUUUUAUGAAGGGACUUUCAACUGGGAGAGUGUCAAGCAACAUGACGCAGCCAGCCUGCUGAAGCUCUUUCUCAGAGAGCUGCCCCAGCCGCUGCUGAGUGUGGAGUACCUCAAAGCCUUCCAGGCUGUCCAGAAUCUUCCAACCAAAAAGGAACAAUUGCAGGCUUUGAACCUCCUUGUCAUCCUUCUGCCUGAUGCAAACAGAGACACACUGAAGGCCUUGCUAGAAUUUCUCCAAAGAAUCAUUGACAAUAAAGAGAAGAAUAAAAUGACAGUUGUAAAUGUAGCAAUGGUCAUGGCCCCGAACCUCUUCAUGUGCCAUACGCUGGGUUUGAAGUCCAGUGAACAGCGAGAAUUUGAAAUGGCAGCUGGGACGGCAAGUGUCAUGCAUUUAUUGAUUAAGUACCAGAAACUUCUAUGGACAAUUCCAAAGUUUAUUGUAAACCAAGUGAGGAAGCAAAAUACUGAAAAUCAGAAAAAGGAAAGGAGAGCCAUGAAGAAAUUGCUGAAGAAAAUGGCUUAUGACCGAGAAAAACAUGAAAAGCAAGAGAAAGCUGCAAAUGAUGCUGACGUUCCUCAGGGAGUGAUUCGAGUGCAAGCUCCCCAUCUUUCAAAAGUUUCCAUGGCAAUACAGCUAACUGAAGAGCUAAAAGCCAGCGACGUGCUUGCCAGGUUUCUCAGCCAAGAAAGUGGGGUUGCCCAGACACUCAAGAAGGGGGAAAUUUUUCUGUAUGAAAUUGGAGGAAAUAUUGGGGAACGCUGCCUGGAUGACGAUACAUACAUGAAGGACUUGUACCAACUGAACCCGAAUGCUGAGUGGGUCAUCAAAUCCAAGCGACGGUAGAAGACUAGCCAGAGGACUAACGUCAUCAUUCUUGCUGGGUCAAGAGUGUUAAUAAAAGUAGCAAGAUUCUUAAUUAUUCAGCUGUACCCAAUUAUAUUACAAAGUGACAUCCCCAGUUUUUAAAAUUACAGGUUUUUGUGACUUCCACAAUUGUUAAUUAUUAUUAUUAUUAAGAAAACAAAUAUUUUUGGAGUAAGAGAAAAGCAGCUUAAUUAGCUUGUGAGCUGUUGAUACAUACCUUAAAAUAUGUUCAGAUGGGAAAGCUGUUUGGUUUUUUUGUUUUGUUUUAUAUGAAGUAAAUUCUCUAACCCCCCCCCCACCUUUUGGUACUGGGGAUUGAUCCAUAACUUUGCUCAUGACAUCUAAUGAUAUCCCCAGCAGAUUAAAUAAUCUUUACUAAUAGAUUUAUCAAUGACGUUUUGGUUUAUUUACACUUUAAGAAUGCUGUCUCCCCUUUCUUCCCUCUUUCUAUCUACCUUCCCUCAAUAAAACUUGCUUCUUAAACCGGAAAGAGACAGUCCACAGCAGGUAUGGAGAGCAAUGAAGGCAAGCCUAACUCCACAGAAUCCUCUUUACCACAAAGUGUUAGUACUCAUGGCUUUGAGUCCUCUGUCUGAACUGUCCUUCCUGCAGCAUCCCAGGCAGUGGUCUUUUCAGCUUAUCUGAUGUAUGUGCAUAAAUCUGUAUCCAUCAUCAACACCAAAGAUGUCAGGAAUGUCCAAUCAUCACCAAGCCGUGAAAUGCUUAAAUACUCAGGAGGAAUAAUAUGGAUCCACGCAAAUGCCUGAACCACUUCUGACUGCAAUGUCAAAAACCAGGCCACUUUUAUGUACCACACUCUUCCAGAUGGAAUCUGAAGGGUAGCAUAUACAGGUACCUGGUGGCAUUAUCAACAUCAUCAUAGUACAAUCUGGGACAACUGGAGAAUACAGUGUGAAAUGUUACUUUCUGCCCUUUCCCCUCCCCCCAGAAUGAGUCUUCUGUGUCUGAUGAUCAUUGCUGUGAACCUUUUUUUUUCUGUUUUCAUAUUUUAACUAAUCUGAGUCCAUUUGUGAAGAUGUCAUGGAAAGUGUUAUUCCCAGGGCUUUUUGUGCACAGACCACACUGUGACAAAGCAUGGAUCUCUGCUGUGAAUAAGAGAAAUGAAAUAAGAGCAUAAGUUCGCCGUUUUCUAAGAGUAGAGUGUUAUCGAGAAAAGGGGGCACGCAUAGACGUGGCACCCGUGUGUUGAUGGCACUGUUCAUAGCUCUUCAUGGGAUGCUGCACAUUCUUAGAUGCUCUUGAUGUCACUCUAAUGAGGAAGGAAAGCACCGUUCAUGAGAACAGCGAAAUGUUCAGUGUGUAAUUACCAGAGCAGCCUGUGGAUGGACGCUUCCGUAAUGCCAUGGUGAAUCGUGCCAUUGCUUUUUUAUUUAAAGAAAUUUUAUAAUUAAAUGCCUUUUUCUAAAUGAU